ACGAGAUGAAGAAGAAAUUCAAGAUCACAGGACAGGAGGAUGCCCUUUACCAGGCAAGAGUAGUUGUAACUGCAAAGGGACGAAAGACUGAUCUCCCCGUCAAAGCAGGAGACACAAUCAGCAUUAUUCGAACAGCAAACUGCCCCAAAGGAAAGUGGCUGGCCAGAGACAGCACCAACAGCUAUGGGUAUGUCGCCGUUGACCAUGUGGAGCUGGACAUCAAGGAGAUGUUAGAGCUGGGAAGGAAAACUCAUCCCGGGUCAAACAAUAACUUUAUCGAACCAGACGGUGCCCGCAUGAUUUCACAUGACUCAAACCAUUAUCAAUUACCAGGAGAAAGCUUCACAGACGACAGUGAGGAGUGGAGCGGUGAUGAUGAUGAACCUCCCUCUGGUUCUCCAAGUACACAGGCUGUACUAGGUCAUACCCGGACAUUCUCCAUGCCAGAUGUGGGAAACAAAGACCUUAGCGUGAACCACCAGCACAGUCACAGUGACAUGGGUCAUGAUAGCUCCCACAACCAAGCACUUCAGAGGUUGUCCACAUUUUUCCAUUCACAAAAAAAUGUAGAGCCAGCUGCAAGCACCGAUGAACCAGUAAUGAGUUACACUGCAGGUUCUGUGAAUGCGGCACAAGAAGCAAAUCACACGCCUGAGGCUGUGUCAGCAGGAGAUACAGAUUUUGUUCCUGAUACACUCAUUUUACCUCCUCCUGUCAUGUAUGCCGAUGGAGUGGAGUGAAGGUAAAGUGGCCAUCAUACAACAAGGCAAGGAUGAAUCACCCGGAUUCUUCACUGUCCAUCACCGUGCACAUGCCAUGAUGACAUGAUGUUUUUCUGUCUUAACAGCUGAACAGAAACUCCCCCAGGUGGAACUGCAUUUGUCUGCAGCAUUACCUGCUGGACUAUGAUCUUAUUUAUCCAAUGACUGCAUUCGUGAAGUAGAAUUACAUUUAACAACAAUGAGAAUUAUAUCAUCUGGGCAAACGGAAAUCUUUCUUCUGUUCUUUCAAAUGCUGCAAUGUGGAACCAGCAUGGGACAGUUGAUCUGCUUGCUUUAAGUGAUCACGGUGAACUGCGUUGCACAGACACACACAGUAUUUGUGGACAACGUGAUCCUGGAAACUCUCGUAGGGACAAUGAACUGCUUUCUGUGCAAAAACCAGAAUGGAAAAUAUAUUUAAAGUGGAGGAAAUAAGGGAAAGAACAACGGAAUGGAAACAGCGGUUUUUCUUAUCAGAUGGAAGUGUGUGUAGCUAAGAAAUACUGGAAAAAGCUUCAUUUGUUUUAAGAUGCAUCCAUUAGAAACAAUUAACCAGCUGUAAGCAGCAAGUAAUGUGAGCUAAUACCAGUAAUAUUCCUGGUUUAUGUUUAUCUACAGUACUCCAGCCAUUUAAAAACAUUGUUUGUAUUUUUUGCACAUAAGCUUUUGCUAAUUUGUAAUUUGUACACUCAUUAUUGUUUUCAGUGUCAACUGUGGUAUUUGGAAGGGACUAUGUAACUACUCAUGCUACAAUACAUAUGACCUUUGAGUUUGACUUCUUUUUCACUGGACCCAAAUAACCAGCAUGCUGUGUAAUAUAAUAGGUAUAAAAUAUAGUAUUUGCUCUGUAUUGAUCAUAGCUGCAACUUCUAGAGGGAUAUCCAUCAACUGAAUUUUCUUUACUUUUUAUAGAGCUUUUACCUGCCUCUGACACUAACAGUUCCCUAUAAACAGAUGAAUAAGUAUUAUAGAUAAACAACAUAAUGUGAUGAUUACUUGAGGUCAUUUGCAACCGGCAUUUGUAGUGGGUGUGAGUUUGUGUGACUCUAUGAAAGCACGUUAAGACGGAAUUUUUUUUUAUGUUUAUUUUUUUUCCAAUAAAUAUUCAUUAAAGUGCAAAUCAAUACAGCAAUAUCAUGCAAUGCAUAACAUGAGAAAUCCAAACCUCAAUCAGACAGAAAGACAUAUAGAGACAGUAUCAACACGCACGCAUACAGGCAAUCACAACAACCAGCGUGCACCC